AUGGGCAUGAAGGCGCCGAGACGGAUCAGAGGCAAGAGAAAAGCCGACGAUGUCGGCGAGGGCUGGGUGUGCCUCGCGGCCGAGCAGCGCGAGCCGCACGAGCUGACGGACGCGGGCUUGGUGGAUGCUCCUGCAUCCCCGAGCGGGGACGAAGGCGAAACGGCUGUGCGGACAGAGUUGUUUGAUUGCCUGGAGAAGGAAGUUAAGGGCUUCGCCACGGGGGUUUCGCUCAUGCGCCCCAAGCGGGACAGCGAGGGCAAGUGUAGAUUUGCUUGCGGCCUAUGCCCGUUCCGAUCGUUCUCGACGCAGCUGCUCUUACGCGCUCACGUCUCCAAGUACCACGUCAGGGAGACGCGCUUCGUGGCGUCUGGUACGAAGCAGUUCAUAGUCGUGUGCGCGCUGUUCGAUAACGACUGGCUCCUGCGAGCUCCAAUCGGCAACCUGCUGAAGCGGUCUGCGACGACCAUGCGCGAGACAGUAUCUCCCGCUGUUCAUCGCGGACAGAACGCGGUUGACAAAGACGUUGUCCUUGUUCUCGACGACGACGGGCCGUCGUAUCAUAACAAAGCUGCAGUAGGGCGGAGUCUCGCGUGCAGACGAGUGGGGUACACUUACUAUACCCGUGGCUUCGCGGACAUAGUGAUGCAGGAAUCCUUGCGCCACCAUGGGCGCGUUUGCCCGGCGAUGCUGCGGACGUGCGCUCGCGUCGUGGAGCAGGGCUCUGAGUUGAGUAGCAUGCUGCCGACGCACGUCGACCACUGGCUAAAGCUCAUGGAAGACGUGUUCAACAGCGUGCACGUAGAGAAGCGCAGCGCUGCGUUGAUGGAGGAAUGCCGGAAACAUGAAGAAUUCCUCCACGUCUCCAUGGACGCCGCCAUCCGCAUUCUGCGCAGGGUCAAGGGCCAAGCAGACGAUCGGUCCUCCCAAGCAGUGCGAGACGCAGCGCCCGUGCCAGACGUUGACGCCAAGCGCCGCGUGCUGACCCUUGCGGGUCGAACGGGCGCGGCGCUCGGCGUUUUCUUGACGAGGGACGAGGCAUCUGACGAAAUAGCCGGAGCGAUUGCAGGUCGUUGGUCGGAGGCGUGCAGAUCGCAGACUGUGUCCGUUGGCAGCGACCAGCCGAGCAGCGCGUUAUACCGCGCGUUGCGAAGCUCGUGCUUCUCCAACCUAGUUUAUCUGAGCCUCGACCCGGUUCAUUUGCCCAUCACGUACGAGGAGACGCACUGGAGGGAAAAGACAGUGGGAUCGAAGCUAUUGCGCAUAAUCAUGGUUAAGUUCACGAAGGUAGACAGCACGCUGCCGGCGCAAUUCUGGGGGGCGCCGUUCGACGGAACGAACGCGCCUGUUCUGCGACCCAUAGAGGAGCGCGCGCGACGGCAGAUACUCGACCAUUCUCUGUCGAAGCCGCGAGCUCAAUAUGUGAUUGAUAAUGUGAACGCCGAGCUGCCAUGGAGAACGACGCAUGAGUUCAUAGAAUCUAUCGCCGCGUUGAGUGCGUUGGUUCCAGAAGAGCUUGCCCGUCGCACUCACGUGAACAACGUUCAGCUUAAGAGGUUGCUUUACAAUGCUACCGCUUCAGCUCGGAUGCAAUGGUUUUUUAACAACCUCCGGUUCAGGCAUUCCUUGCCGGCGGCGCGCUUAGCUCUGCUUGGAUCUGGCACGUCGGUUAACGAAUCCUUCAACCACGAGAGCAACACGUGGUUUCGCAAUCAGGGGGACAUCUACGCGUCGACGGCGGAGCUUCAACUUAGAAUUGGAUUCCUGGGCAAGCUGCAGGCCCACUGUUGCGCGCUGUAUUCGCCGACGCUGCGGCAGCUGCGACAGGCCAACGUGCUAUCGCGAAGCAUUCUGGCUUGGGCUUUUCCUCGGGAUGAGUGGAAUGAUUACUGCUCACUCCAGGCGCAGUGCGGCACCGACGUUUUGGCGCCUGCGCGACUUCCGCUGCGCGAAGCCCGGCAGAAGGUUGCGCGGUAG